GCAGAAGGGAUCAUGAGCCACAAUCUCCCUAAUCUCGAUUUUUAGAACCAUUAGCAUUGGGCUUUUCAGAUUCAUGACCGCUCUGUAACCUUAAGUAUCAAUACCAAGUCAUUUUAGGAAGUGCGCUAACACUUCGCAAGCAGCUCAAUGUGCUGAUGGAUGCGUACCGUAAUGGUGAUGUAAGGGAGGUGAAUCGGAAGUACUACGAUCACGAUGUGUCCCGCCUCUACUUGUCCGGCCUUUGUCCUCACGAGUUCUUCCAAUUAACGAUCUUGAAGGCAAAACAGAUCUUAAAAUACAAGCUCUAGAAGAAGUAGAAGAGCUUAGAACUAAAAGAGCAGAUAAACAGGCACUUGAUAGCUUCUUUAGAUGUAGGAUUUGAAAUGGGUCGCUGAAAGUAUUGAUUUAUUCAUAUCAGAAUUUCUGAUAUUGACUGUAUAUUAAGUUCCUCAUAAUUUGAUUCUUGUAUAACAUUUAGUCUCUUGGUAUAUAUGAUGCUUCUGUUUAUUGUUAUAGUCAACACUGCUUUUGGAUGCAUUCAAUAAAGAUCAGGCAUCUUUGCCCCAACCAUUGCCCAACCCUCCAUUUUUGGCACCAUUGUCUGUGCCUGCACCUAAUCCUCAGACCCAGGAAAUGAUAAAUGAGAAGCUGAAAAAAGCUGAGGAUCUUGGUGAGAAGGGGAUGGUAGACGAGGCACAAAAAGCAUUAGAAGAGGCUGAAGCACUCAAGAAGCUCUCUACCAGACAUGAGCCUGUUCUGGAUUCCUCAAAGUAUAUUGCUGCUGAUGUUCGCAUGUGAGUUCCGUUUUUCUUUCUUUCAGUUUCACAGAAGGAAAACUAUGAUAAAAACUAGAUAAGAAAACUUAGACACACUUGGACCUUAUUGGGAAAAUAUGAAUUCGAUUUGCAUAAUUAAUACAUGAACAAUCCCCUAUCAUAAUUUGAUUUUAGUUUAAUUUUCUUUCAGUUCAUUUAUAUGUUAUUAUGCUAUCUGCUCUAAUCUUUUUGAUCCAAUUUUGUUUCAGACUGAUCAAAAGCUACGUGUUUGUGAUAUUUGUGGAGCAUUUUUGAGUGUUUAUGACAGUGAUCGACGUUUAGCAGAUCAUUUUGGAGGCAAACUUCAUUUAGGCUAUAUGCAAAUCCGUGAUAAAUUAGCAGAACUUCAGGAAGAGAGAAACAAGAGCCGCAAACUUGACCGGUAUGAUGACAGGAGAUCGAAAGAAAGAAGCAGAGAUCAUGAGAGAGAAUCAAGUCAGGACCGAGACCAAGGGAAUAGCCAUGACCGAGGGAGGGAUUAUGAUCGUAGGAGCAGAGAUCAUGACAGGUAUGGUGAUCGAGAUCGUGAUAGGGAUUAUGAGUGCUCUCAGACUUAUGAUUCUAGAAGUCGCCACAGGUCAUGUUCAAGGUCUAGGGAACGCUCCGAGGAUCAUGAUCGCCACAGGCGUGACCGAUACUAGAUGCAUGAAUGCUGCCAAGAAGAAAAUGAAUACGAAACUGUUCUUGCUUAGGUAAGCCGAAUUAUAUAGGGGAGUAGCAUUCCUCAGUUAAGUUAUUUGACAGUUUGUCAUGUGGUUGUAUCAACAUGUUUAAGAGGGUAUUUGUUGUUUUUUGGUACCUAGAGACUAGGAAUUGAAUCUUAAGAGUACAAGUAAUUCUAUUAUCAGACCAUAUAGUUGACAAUUAAGAGGGUAUUUGCUACUUAGUGAUUUGUGUUUGGAUUCGGUAUCGUUGUAGAUGUAAGUUCGGUUGAUUUUCCUAUUCCAAUUUGCAUGUUGGGCAAUUUUUCAGUUAAGUAUCUAAAAGGAGAAUUAAUAUAAUGAGGUUGAAGUU